AUGAUAAAAUUAAGGUUCAAAAUUGAACAUGUGUACUACAUAAGUAGUAGUGUUUGUGUUGCAUUUCUUGCAAAUUAUGACACGAAAUCGGCUGCAACGAUAAAUAUUUCAGGAUCUUGUUUUCCUUUUCUUUGUUUGGUUCUCAAUAGUAUUAUUUAUUUUCUCCAGGAGAAGAAACUUAUGCAUAACAUCCGUCAAUACGAGGUUCCCUUGCAAAAGUACAUGGCCAUGAUGGACCUUCAGGAGAGGAAUGAAAGACUGUUUUAUAAACUUCUUAUCGACAAUGUUGAAGAAUUACUCCCGAUUGUAUAUACUCCGGUUGUUGGCGAGGCUUGCCAGAAAUAUGGGAGCAUAUUCAAGCGUCCUCAGGGUCUUUACAUUAGUUUGAAAGAAAAGGGUAAAAUUCUUGAGGUUUUGAAAAACUGGCCAGAAAGGAGUAUUCAGGUUAUUGUUGUAACUGACGGUGAACGGAUUUUGGGACUCGGAGAUCUCGGAUGCCAGGGUAUGGGAAUUCCUGUUGGUAAAUUGGCUUUGUACUCAGCACUAGGAGGAGUUCGUCCUUCAGCAUGUUUGCCGAUUACGAUUGACGUGGGGACAAAUAAUGAGAAAUUACUGAAUGAUGAGUUUUACAUUGGCCUUAGACAAAAGAGGGCAACUGGGAAGGAAUACUAUGACCUUCUGCACGAGUUCAUGUCUGCGGUGAAGCAAAACUACGGAGAAAAAGUUCUUGUUCAGUUUGAAGAUUUUGCAAAUCACAAUGCAUUUGAGUUGCUUGCAAAAUACGGUACAACUCAUCUAGUUUUCAACGACGAUAUACAGGGGACUGCAUCUGUUGUUUUAGCUGGAGUUGUAGCAGCCUUGAAGCUCAUUGGCGGUACCCUACCGGAGCAUACAUUCCUCUUCCUUGGUGCUGGAGAAGCGGGAAUUGGUAUAGCCGAGCUAAUUGCUCUUGAGAUGUCAAAGCAGACUAAAGCACCUAUUGAAGAGAGUCGAAAGAAGAUAUGGCUCAUAGAUUCAAAGGGCUUAAUUGUUAGUUCGCGGGUGAAUUCACUUCAACACUUCAAGAAGCCCUGGGCUCAUGAACACGAACCUGUUAGCACUCUCAUUGAGGCCGUUAAGGUAAUCAAGCCUACAGUUUUGAUUGGAUCAUCAGGAGUGGGGAAAACAUUUACGAAGGAAGUAGUCGAGGCUAUGACAGCAAACAAUAAAGUAAAAUCUUAUCUUACUCUCUCUUAUAACGAGUAUUUAUAUAUUUACACAUAUCUCAUAUAA